AUGCAUGACACUGUUGAUGAGAACUGGCGUGAAGUCGAAAUCUUCAAGUUCGGUGCAGCUAGUAGGCAGAGUUUUUUGCUCCUAUACAAGAGAACACGCACGACAAUGAAGCACGUCUUGUUUAUCUCAACGACUCUGACGACGGUAAGCCUCGUCAGCGCCCAGACUCCGAACCCGGCGUGUGCGCCGAAUGGCGCACAUAUCCAGACCGGUUCUGUGACCUGUCACUGUAACGCCGAUCAAAGCGUUACCUGCGAUGCCUUUAGUAUCUGUGGAGUUGGCAACACCAAUGCAAACGUGGAUCUCGUCAGUACCUACACCGCCACGGUGCAGUGCCGCAACCAUGGCGGCCAGAUUGUCGAUGUUAAAUCGCAGCCUAUUACAAAGACAGUGCCAGUGCAUAAUCUCCGGACUAAGAACGGUUGCCUGACCGUACCGUCAGAGUCAACUACCGCGCCGUCAUCGUCAGAUUUCACGAACCAGGCUACAUGCCCGAACAAUAACUGGACGAAGGAACUCUUGGGAGGCACUGUCGCGGAUCAUUUUACAUUCAACUUAGUUUCUGCGGGCUUUGAUUGUCCAUACAUUUCCUUUUCUCAAGAUUGUUCUUCUUAG